AAGACGGUUACCCGGGCGCCGUGAGAGCGCAGAGCCAAGGGACAGCAGGGCAGCGAGCUCAGCGCCCCGGGAGGGUUGCUGCUUGGCAUCCGGGGAGGCGGCUCCCGCAUCCCGGACAGCGGCUCCAGCACCGCGGACAGCGGCUCCAGCACCGACAGUGGCCCCAGCACCGCGGACAGCGGCGCCAGCACCGCGGACAGCGGCGCCAGCACCGACUGCGGCCCCAGCACCGCGGACAGCGGCCCCAGCACCGCGGACAGCGGCUCCAGCACCGCGGACAGCGGCUCCAGCCCCGUGGACAUCACUCUCCACCAACAUGGCUCCGAUAGUGGACAGCCGCCAGCAGUUCGAUGAAAUUCCUACUGUGGUUGGAAUCUUUAGUGCAUUUGGCCUUGUCUUCUCUGUCUCCCUCUUUGCUUGGAUCUGCUGCCAACGCAAAUCUUCCAAGUCCAAUAAGACCCCUCCAUACAAGUUUGUCCAUGUUCUGAAGGGGGUUGAUAUCUACCCCGAGAAUCUCAACAGCAAGAAGAAGUUUGGAGCAGAUGAUAAAAGUGAAGCAAAGAACAAAUCAGCAAUGUCAAAGAACUCUCUCCAUCUUGACCUGGAGAAAAGAGAUCUAAAUGGCAAUUUCCCCAAAACUACCACAAAAAUGCAGGGCUCUCCAGAUCUUGAAAAUUCAUCUCCUAAGCAUUUUGCAGAAAGGAAGAAAGAUUCAGUAUCUCCUGAUAGCUUAAAAUCCAUCACUUCUCUGUCAUCUGAAGAUAAACAAGACAAGCUAGGAACUCUCUUUUUCUCCUUAGAGUACAACUUUGAGAAGAAAGCAUUUGUAGUGAACAUCAAAGAAGCUCGUGGGCUGCCAGCAAUGGAUGAACAGUCAAUGACUUCUGAUCCCUACAUCAAAAUGACAAUCCUGCCUGAGAAAAAGCACAAGGUGAAAACUAGAGUGCUGAGAAAAACCUUAGAUCCUGCUUUUGAUGAGACUUUCACAUUUUAUGGGAUCCCCUACAGCCAAAUUCAAGACUUAACACUUCACUUCAUGAUCUUGAGCUUUGACAGAUUUUCCAGAGAUGACGUCAUUGGAGAAGUCCUCAUCCCCCUUGCUGGAAUUGAACUCUCGGAAGGAAGGCUGCUAAUGGACAGAGAGAUCAUCAAAAGAAAUGUUAGGAAAUCAUCUGGUCGUGGAGAAUUACUGGUCUCUCUCUGUUAUCAAUCUACAACAAACACACUCACUGUGGUUGUUCUAAAAGCCAGGCAUCUACCAAAAUCUGAUGUGUCAGGAUUAUCAGACCCUUAUGUCAAAGUGAACCUGUACCAUGCCAAGAAGAGAAUUUCUAAAAAGAAAACCCAUGUGAAGAAGUGCACCCCCAAUGCAGUGUUCAAUGAAUUGUUUGUCUUUGACAUUCCUUGUGAGGGCCUUGAUGAUAUCAGCAUUGAAUUUCUGGUUUUAGAUUCAGAUAGGGGGUCAAGGAAUGAGGUCAUUGGUAGGUUAACCUUGGAAUCUUCAGCAGAAGGAACAGGUGGAGAGCACUGGAAAGAAAUUUGUGAAUAUCCUAGGAGACAAAUUGCCAAGUGGCAUAUGUUAUGUGAUGGUUAGCAGGUUAGAGAGGGGUUGGAUCUUAAAAAACUAUAUAUAUUUCCAUAGGCAAGGAGCAGAUAUUUUUUUCUUUGCUAUGUAUAAUUACAAGCUUUUAACCACAAAACUUUUUUUUCCUCUUUUUUUUUUUUUCAAGGGGGGAGGGGUGUUUGAAAUAAACUUGAAUUGAAUUAUCAGAACAGAAGGUGACUUAAUUUUCACAGUAAAUAAUGGAAUUUCUAUUUCAUCAAUCUUUAACAUAAUUAGUUCAGAUUAAUAUUCUUCUAGAGUUUAAGUAGCCUGUAAAUUAUGAAGCACUGUAAACCUCAAGAAGAACAAACUAUGUUUUCAAAGAGUCACUUAUUAGUGACUCAUAUAUAGAAGAAAAAAACCUUACUACAAUAUAUCCAAAAAAAACCCCACCUGUGGCUUAUUAGGCAAGGGGAUGGAUCUAUAAAAGCCAUGGGGAUUGAGGGUGAGUAGGGGGGGAAAUUCCUUCUGCCCCUCCACCAAAAAUUUUCUUUUAUGAAAAUUUAAUCAUUUUUUGUAAGUUUUGGUUACUUAUACUUUGAUCAUCCCAAAGAAUUAACAUGUAUUCAAUAUUUUGCUUUACAUAUCACAUUGUGUAAAACUAUUUUUUUUAAGUGUUGAAAUACUAUAUAAUUGAUUACACCUGGAUUUUUUAGUAAGUUUAUAUAUAUAAUUUUUUUAUCACAGUGACCAAAAUAGAUACAUACUUCAAACUAAUGAUAAGUUCACAUGCUUUUUUUUGUUAAAAGGGCUCCUUUACGGGUGACUGUACACAUUACAGUAUAGGUAGAAUUUGGGGUUAGAUAUGGCUUGCAUUUUUUUCCUCUAGGUAGGAUUACACUUUAAACAUUUCAAGCCAUAUAAAAGAAUUUCUGUUGAGAUGAGGUAACAUACAGGAUAUUACAAUUAAUUUUCACCAAUUAUAUUUUAAUGUUUCACUAGUACUAAACAGAAGUUGAUGUUG